UCAACGUGACAUGCCGGAAACGUCCGCCUGAUGCAGGCAAUCCAAAAGGCGUGGAUUCCCUGCACUUUUUUUGUCUUGUCGGGGACAAAAAAAAACAUCUGCUUUUCCUUCCACUCAUCAUCGCUGAGCACAGAGACAGGAAAAAUGCCAUUUUAGCACAUUAGCAAGAUGUGCAGCCGGCUCGGUUCUAAUUAUAGCCAGUCUUAUUUCUGCCUAUUGCAUUAUGGAUGCCCGUGGAAGGGGGUUCCUUCCAGAUAGCGUGGGAACGUCUCCGUAGAGGCUGAAUGCAACAUCUCCUCCGCCCGCACCGCAUUCGUUGCGUCGUGGCCGCGGCGUGAGCUCACAACGCGAGGUCGGGAUGUGCCGGAUGUGAAAGCGGGGCGCGAUGCGGGAGUACAAGGUGGUGGUGCUAGGCAGCGGCGGGGUGGGCAAGUCGGCCCUGACCGUGCAGUUCGUCACCGGAACGUUCAUCGAGAAGUACGACCCGACCAUCGAAGACUUCUACCGAAAGGAGAUCGAGGUGGACUCGUCCCCGUCGGUGCUGGAGAUCCUCGACACGGCCGGUACCGAACAGUUCGCCUCCAUGCGGGACCUUUACAUCAGGAACGGCCAGGGCUUCAUCCUGGUCUACAGUCUGGUCAACCAGCAGAGCUUUCAGGACAUCAAACCCAUGAGAGACCAGAUUAUCAGGGUCAAGAGGUACCAGCAGGUGCCGGUGGUGCUGGUGGGAAACAAGGUGGACCUGGAGGACGAAAGGGAGGUGUCGCCCGGCGAGGGCCAGGCACUGGCGGAAGACUGGGGCUGCCCCUUCAUGGAGACCUCUGCCAAGAGCAAGACAAUGGUGGACGAGCUUUUCACUGAGAUUGUGCGGCAGAUGGAUUUUUGCCCACUGCCCGACCGCCGAGAGGCAUGCUGCCCCGCCUGCAGCGUACAGUAGCAGCCCGUCGGCCUGCCGCCCGGGCCUCCGGGCUGAUGGAUCCGAAGACGCGGACAAAGGCAAUUAAAAUCACGUUGAUCGAUUGAAGUUGGAGAGGACUCAAGGAAAAUACUUGCUAUUGCCAUUCCUUUUUCCCAUGGAAGGAAUGCACUUUGGCUGAGAGGCAUGCUGGGAAAUGUAGGAAAACACCCAGCGAGGCUGACAAGUGAGAUGAAAUCUAAUCCCUCGAGCACGGGGUGGAUUUUCCUUUGAACUCGCACAUCCAUCAGCCCCCUCCUGGUAAACAGCCAAUUUCAGGGGCUUUCCCCAAAGGCGGCGCUGUGCCAAAGCCACCUUAAAAGCCAUCGACAAAGAGGAUUGGAGCCCUAAAUCAAUUUGGGAAGCCAAAAAGAAAAGACAGCAGCAAAUGGACACAGUUUCUCCGGUUUCCCUUUCGCACUUCGAAUGAGGGUGCAAAGACCAAACAUCAGAUUUCUACACAGAUGUCAAGCAGCACCACUGUGAAGCUGUCACCCCAGAGGUCGGGCCACUCCUCGGCCCGCCUAACUAUGAAUGAAUGAUGAGAUGAAUGAAUGUCUCGGAGUCAAAAGCUGCACCUUCUGAGGGGAUUCACUCGGAAAAUCCCAAAUGUCACGAAUACGGAUGACGUGCGCAUGAAGUCAUACUCUCACGCUGACCUUGAGUACAGUCUCCCCCAAAGAGACAAUGUCAAUCAAUCAUUGUUGAAAUGCGCAGUCACUUGACACCUUACAGACGAUACAAAUGCCUCGUACGCCGAACAUGAUAGUGACAGUGUAUCUUGAAUUGCAUCAUUUAGUGGCUCUCAUCAACACUUAUUUUCAACCAAAAUAAAAAACUCUUUAUGCACCAAUGUA